GCGGGGGCUCCCGGAAGUGGCCAGCUCGAAGCGCUGGCGGCCCAGUCCGUCGGCCCGUCGGUCCGCUCGUCCGCUGCCGGUGCCGAGCGCGCCUAGGCCGUCGUCGCUGUUCCCUCCGUCUGUUCGUCCCGACGCGGCGGCCAGGCGCUCACCAUGGCGUCGUUCAUCUGGGUGCAGCUGAAGAAGACCUCGGAGGUGGACCUGGCCAAGCCGCUGGUGAAAUUCAUCCAGCAGACGUACCCGAGCGGCGGCGAGGAGCAGGCCCAGUACUGCCGCGCGGCCGAGGAGCUCAGCAAGCUGCGGCGCUCGGCGCUCGGCCGCCCGCUGGACAAGCACGAGGGCUCGCUAGAGACGCUGCUGAGAUAUUAUGAUCAGAUUUGUUCCAUUGAACCCAAGUUCCCGUUUUCUGAAAAUCAGAUCUGCUUGACAUUUACAUGGAAGGAUGCUUUUGAUAAAGGUUCCCUUUUUGGAGGAUCUGUAAAAUUGGCUCUUGCAAGCUUAGGAUAUGAAAAGAGCUGUGUGUUGUUCAAUUGUGCUGCCUUAGCUAGCCAGAUUGCAGCAGAGCAGAACCUGGAUAAUGAUGAAGGAUUGAAAACCGCAGCUAAGCAGUACCAGUUUGCUAGUGGUGCCUUUUUACAUAUUAAAGACACAGUGUUAUCUGCCUUAAGUCGAGAGCCUACUGUGGACAUAUCUCCAGAUACUGUUGGGACUCUCAGUCUUAUUAUGCUGGCCCAAGCUCAAGAAGUAUUUUUCUUAAAGGCCACAAGAGAUAAGAUGAAGGAUGCCAUCAUAGCUAAGCUGGCAAAUCAGGCUGCAGAUUACUUUGGCGAUGCUUUCAAACAGUGUCAGUACAAAGAUACUCUCCCCAAGGAGGUAUUCCCCACCCUGGCUGCCAAGCAGUGUAUCAUGCAGGCCAAUGCUGAGUACCACCAGUCCAUCCUGGCCAAGCAGCAGAAGAAGUUUGGGGAAGAGAUUGCAAGGUUGCAGCACGCAGCAGAGCUGAUUAAGAAUGUGGCCUCUCGCUACGAUGAGUAUGUCAAUGUGAAGGAGUUCUCUGACAAAGUCAGCCGUGCCCUUACUGCAGCAAAGAAGGACAAUGAUUUCAUUUACCAUGACCGUGUCCCAGACCUGAAGGAUCUGGACCCUAUCGGCAAAGCCACACUCGUGAAACCCACCCCAGUCAAUGUACCCAUCAGCCAGAAGUUCACGGAUUUGUUUGAGAAGAUGGUCCCUGUGUCUGUGCAGCAGUCCCUGGCUGUGUUUAGUCAGAGGAAAGCUGACUUGGUUAACAGAUCAAUCGCUCAGAUGAGAGAAGCUACUACUUUGGCAAAUGGAGUAUUGGCUUCCCUUAACCUUCCAGCAGCAAUUGAAGAUGUGUCUGGAGACACUGUACCUCAGUCUAUACUUACCAAGUCUACAUCUGUAGUUGAACAGGGAGGCAUCCAGACUGUCGACCAGCUGAUAAAAGAGCUACCUGAGUUACUACAAAGAAAUAGAGAAAUAUUAGAGGAGUCACUAAGAUUGUUGGAUGAAGAAGAAGCAACUGAUAAUGACUUAAGAGCAAAAUUCAAGGAGCGCUGGCAAAGGACUCCAUCCAAUGACUUGUACAAGCCUUUAAGAGCAGAGGGAGCCAAAUUCAGAGCCGUUCUCGAUAAAGCUGUGCAAGCGGAUGGACAAGUGAAGGAGCGCUACCAGUCCCACCGAGACACCAUUGCACUUCUGUGUAAGCCGGAGCCGGAGCUCAAUGCCGCCAUCCCCUCUGCUAACCCAGCAAAGACCAUGCAGGGCAGCGAGGUUGUGAAUGUCUUAAAAUCCUUAUUAUCAAAUCUUGAUGAAAUAAAGAAGGAAAGAGAGGGUCUUGAGAAUGACCUGAAGUCAGUGAAUUUUGACAUGACAAGCAAGUUUUUGACAGCACUGGCCCAAGAUGGCGUGAUAAAUGAGGAGGCUCUUUCUGUCACUGAGCUGGAUCGGAUCUAUGGUGGUCUAACAAGCAAAGUUCAAGAGUCUCUGAAGAAACAGGAGGGACUUCUAAAAAAUAUACAGGUCUCACACCAGGAAUUCUCCAAAAUGAAGCAGUCUAACAAUGAGGCUAACUUAAGAGAAGAAGUUCUGAAGAACCUAGCAACUGCGUAUGACAACUUUGUUGAGCUUGUAGCUAACUUGAAGGAGGGCACAAAGUUUUACAAUGAGCUGACUGAAAUCCUGGUCAGAUUCCAGAACAAAUGCAGUGACAUAGUGUUUGCACGGAAGACAGAAAGAGAUGAGCUCUUGAAGGACCUGCAGCAGAGCAUCGCCAGAGAGCCUAGUGCUCCUUCCAUCCCUCCCCCAGCAUAUCAGUCCUCUCCAGCAGGGGGACAUGCAACAGCCCCUCCAACUCCAGCCCCAAGAACCAUGCCGCCUGCUAAGCCCCAGCCUCCGGCCCGGCCUCCACCCCCUGUGCUUCCUGCAAACCGAGUUCCUCCUGCUGCUGCUGCGGCUGCCCCUGCAGGGGUGGGGACUGCUUCAGCAGCGCCAUCACAGACCCCUGGCUCUGCUCCCCCUCCACAGGCUCAGGGACCACCGUACCCUACUUAUCCAGGAUAUCCCGGGUAUUGCCAAAUGCCCAUGCCCAUGGGCUACAACCCCUACGCGUAUGGCCAGUAUAAUAUGCCGUACCCACCGGUGUAUCACCAGAGCCCUGGACAGGCUCCAUACCCAGGACCCCAGCAGCCUGCCUACCCCUUCCCUCAGCCCCCGCAACAGUCCUACUAUCCACAGCAGUAACACUGCCAUGUACUGCUGGUCCAGAUCAGAGCGACAGGACAGCAGCUGCCACCAGCUCUAAGCCACGCUCUGGCCACUCAAGAGUAUCUUGCUCUACUGAUUGCUGUGGAUGAUUUCUGUCUGUGGCUAAAAGCCGAAGGCUGGGCCUCACCUCCACAUUUGAUCACACUCGUGAGAUUCUGCUGCUCUUGCAGCAUAAAUGCUAGCUAUAAUAGCAUUUGAAAAAAAUUACAGUUCCAUAAAACGCUGAAAAUGAGAAAUUAAACCUGCAAGUGAAACAUUUGAAAUUAGCUUACUUUAUAAGAUGCGGUUGGGACAAAGCUGGUUUAAGUACUGAUAUGUAAGGAAAAAGUUUUCUUUCUCUUUUGGUUUAUUGAUUUAGUUUAAUUUCUAUUAUGAUAUUUUGCAUAAUCAAGGCAUUGUAAAUCUUAUAAUUUAAAAAUAAAUGACUUAUGAACAGUUGUCAUUGUUAUGUUUUGUCAUUGAUUCUCACUGCUGUCUAAUUCCUUUCUGGUAUUGGCCUCUCCUUUUGUAUGUUCACAGCUCCAUGUACUGUGUUGAAAUGCAUGAGCAGUCAGAUGAGCAGUCAGGCGAGGGCCGUCUGCGGGGCCCAAGCCCAGCCCCAGCUUAUCUCUCAGAUGCUGGGCAGUCAGCUCAUUUUGACAUUUGUUUUUAAAAGUCCUUUAAUGUGGAAGAUACACGUAAUUGUUACCAAAGAUUCUUCAAAUAAAUACGUUUAAAAAGUAUGUAUUAAUGUUUUAUUGUUAGAUUUUCCAAGAAAAUGAUGCAAAUUCUGGUAAUAAUUCGUUUCCCUUACCCAUAAUCUGGUUAAAAUGAGUAGUUUUAGCCAUACAGUCUCAUCUGAUGUGGUAGAAUCUGGAGAAAGUUCCCUGUGCCUUUCUAGUCCUCAGUUCCAUCUAUUAUCCUGUAAUGUCUACUGCACAGUGUAUUUGAACAGAUCUUAACCCUUCUUUUAAAGCUUCUUAUUUUUUAUUUUUUGUGGCUCCUGAAGAACUGAGGUUAUUUUGUAAUCCAGGGAGAAUACAGGACAAUUGUUGGGACAUGUGCCUAGUCUGGAAUACGCCCAGUUGCUGUGCAAGCCCCGUGACAAUGAGGAGAUGCAUCCUGGACCAGGAAGCGGUGCAGGCAGGAGCUGUCCAAGGUCUCUGCGGCCCUGCCUGUGUGAGGUUCUUUUCCGACACGAGGUGUAUAAACAGAUUUCUAAUCUGUGUUUUCUAAGUUGAAUGCUGACGUUGUCUUGCCUUAUCAUCUCAUUUAAGUGAUAUGGUCACCCAGUCUGCUGUUACUCUCGUUGACAAUUCAGGCUGAAAUUUCAAAUGUAAGACUGAAGAUAACGAUUGUAAAAGGGAGUAAAUUGGUUUUAAUGUGUGUAUUUUAAAGCACCUCACUCUGUUGUUGUAUGUGGAAAACACAGAUGUGCUAAUUCAGUAUAAAUGACUGAUUGCUUGGAAUAUGGACAUUGGCUUAAAGUCCGAUAGCUAAACCUUUUCAGAGCGUAACAAAUGUCUCAUUGGUCAGCUUCAGUGCUCUAGAUCAUCCAGUGUAUGAGACAGGUUUAUUUGAGUCCUCUGUAAAUGGUAUUUGAAUUUUAUAUUCUCCCGAGUAUCUUAUAAGACAUCCCCUGAGUUAGAGAAUUCCCAGACUGCUAGUCUAUUCCUUACUAAUGCAAAACAACCACCAAAAGAAACAAAUAGAAAAAAGAAAAAGAAAAAAAUGGCCUGAAUAUUCUCUUGGGGAAAGGGGUUGGAGGUCUAAAGGGAAGGGCAAAUGUAUCAGAGAGCCAAAGGGGGGAGGGGUCAGGCCAGCAGCCAUUUCCUCAGUGCCCUGUGCUAUGCCUGCAGGGUCACAGAGGACAGGCAGUGUGGGAAGGCAGCCCCUUCCAGUUGCCCCUCAGCUCAGCUCCUGAGGGAAGCCUCUUGCCAGGUGUCUCAUCCUUUAAGUUGCUCAGGAUGUUCUUCAGGUUUCGGGCUAGGUGCCAUUAACCCGCAGUGCUAGCUUUGCCUUCCUAAGCCUGUCCAGUUUGACUGGUAGAGAGCCUCCUUAUGUGCCUACUGUCCUUCCUAGGAAACUAGAUGGUGGCCCUCACCUGGAUGGGUUUGUCAGCACAUCCUAACCUAUGCUCGGUUUGCUAUGCUCUUCAGAACGCACUGCAGAAGUUACUAUGUAUGAUGGCCGUUUACUUGGAGGUAGAGGGUUCCACUCUGUCUCGAGUAUGUUAUCCCGUGUUUAUAAUCAGACUUUCUGCUACCUUCUUAAAUGAAGGUACCUGCCCCCAGGCCAUUUAUGUUGGCUCUCUAAGCCUCUUAUGAAAUGGGUUGAUUACCCACAAACUACUGAAGCUUUGCUGAGACACCCAUCCGAAGAGGGGGAAAGCCAUCUGACUUUGACUUCCUGUCCCAGAGAUGGAUGGCUUGACUACUCAGUACGGUGUCAGUCUCUGAGCUGGAGAACUGUUUCUGUUUCUUGGUCCUUUUCUUGAUUGAGAAAAGCAGUCAUGUCACACCGCACAGCAGCCAGCCUCUGAGACCCCCCGAGUCUACACUCUGGCAUCCUUGCAAUUAUGUCCCCCAGUAUAAGUGUGCCUGUGGCAGUUCUAUCCCUACCUCUGUCCCAGCCAGCUACCUUUCUAGUCAACACAGAUUAGUGCUUUUUUUUUUUUCCCCCAAUUGAGAUUUACAGUUUGUAAGCGUUCCUUUGUAUAUAUUUCCUAAUUUCAUGAACAGGAUAAAAUAGUAAAGAGGCCUGAGUUUGCUAGUGGGAGUUUUUACGUCAGUGAUGAGCGUGUCUUGAAGCCUUGCUACAGCCCUGUGGCCUGCCAUCUCUAAGACUUGUGCAGCUAGUUGACUCACAGUGUAGAAAUGGGCACAAGCUGGACAAAACCUCUACAGGAAGAGAGAAAAUUACUGGUUUAAGUAUAGACUUUAGAACUAAAUGGAAGAGCAAAGAAGGAAAAUUAUAUUUUUAACAAAAGAGAAUAUUCAGGCUUUAUUUCUGGUAUGAAAUUUAUAUUUUUUAGAAAAUGUAUCCUAUAUUAUCACACCGGAGAUUUUAGAUUCCUUUCUGGUUAAAAACAUUGCUGGUAGUUGGAUUAUAUUUUUAUUGUAUUCAUUUAUUUCUCUUAGGGGGAAAUUGUAAAGAAACAAAAAGAUUCCGGAUGAAUGUAUCCUAGAAAUAAAAGUUGAAAGAUUCUUAC